AUGUCCUUCCUUUUCAAGAGCAAGCAGAAGAACGCCAACCCCAGCGCAUUACCACCCGCCAGUCGAGAUAUCCGGUCCGCAGAUGGGCCUGGCAGCGGCUCUGGCUCGCAGAUCCCGACAUUGAACGGUGCCAUCAAUGGCGCGGUCAAGCCUUCAUCGCCCACGCCGGGCUCGAGCGUGAACAACAGCAUCAACUCGCUGGCGGGGAAUGAGCAGGUUACUGCGCGGCCGACUGGCGGGACCGGCAGCGUGAGGCAUUCGGAGGAGAAGGUGCCGUUUGCGAGUGAGGAUGCGAGGAUCAAUGGCGCUUCGCCGAGUCCGGAGCAGAAGAGCAUACGGAGUUUGGGAGCUGAUGUGCAACCUCGCCCACGACCCGCACAACCUCGCGCCACGGCCGACCCUUCACCAUAUCCAUGGUCAAUGCGCCAGCUGACCUUCACGACACCACACGCACAUCCAUUCCCGCGAUAUGGUGCAGCCGUGAAUGCGACUUCGAGCAGAGAUGGCUCGGUAUACUUGAUGGGCGGCCUUAUCAACGGUAGCACCGUGAAAGGCGAUCUCUGGAUGGUAGAGGCCGGGCCAGGGAACAUGACAUGCUACCCUGUCGCGACAACAUCAGAAGGGCCAGGGCCAAGAGUUGGACACGCCAGUCUGCUGGUCGGCAAUGCGUUCAUUGUGUUUGGUGGAGAUACGAAGAUGGAUGAGGGAGACCAGCUGGAUGAUACGCUUUAUUUGCUCAACACAUCAACGAAGCAGUGGUCCAGAGCUCUGCCUGCCGGACCUCGACCGCCAGGCCGAUAUGGCCACACACUCAACAUCCUUGGCAGCAAGAUCUACGUGUUCGGCGGUCAAGUGGAAGGAUACUUUUUCAACGAUCUUGUCGCGUUCGAUCUUAAUGCAUUACAACAGGCCACUAACCGGUGGGAGAUCUUGAUUCAGAACACAAUCGAUGGAGGACCUCCACAUGGCCAAAUUCCACCGGCACGGACAAACCACACCAUGAUUACCUGGGGCGACAAGCUGUAUCUGUUCGGCGGCACGGAUGGAGUCCACUGGUAUAAUGAUGUCUGGUCCUACUCGCCACAGACGAACUCCUGGACCCAGCUGGAAUGCAUCGGCUACAUACCCUCCGCCCGCGAAGGCCAUGCCGCUGCCCUGGUCGGAGACGUCAUGUACAUAUUUGGUGGUCGGACAGAAGAAGGUACUGACUUGGGUGAUCUCGCAGCUUUCCGCAUCACCACCCGCAGAUGGUACACCUUCCAGAACAUGGGCCCGAGCCCCUCGCCCCGAUCUGGUCAUAGCAUGACCACCAUCGGAAAGCAGAUUGUCGUUCUGGCCGGUGAGCCUAGUAGUGCGCCCCGAGAUCCGGUUGAGCUUUCGCAUGCGUAUUUCUUGGACACGGGGAAGAUAAGAUAUCCUCCGGACUCGGCUGCGCCGCAACAGAAUCAACAGACGGUGCAGCAUCGGAGGCCCAGUGGCGACAAGGCGGGUUUGCCCAUUGGUGCGGGACGAGGGCACCCGCCUCCGCAAGGACGAGAUAUGGUGGAGUCGCCGCGGUCGGGCAGUGCUAAUGACUUGAGGGGGAGGUCAGAGUCGCUUCGGUCAGACAGCAACGGCAGUUCGCGGUUGCCAAUGGCGGCGAGGCCCCCACAAGCUCAAUUGCCUGCACCCACGAGUCCGCCACCUCAAGUGCCUCCUCAGCAACCGCGCAGUGGCCCGCCAUCUCGGCAGCCGAGCAGACCGGAUCGAGCUAUAAGUCCCACGGCCGACGCAGAGCGCAUGCAGCCUCUCGACAGGAGUCUGAUGUCCUCGCCUCAGCAGACACCUGGACCGAUCACGCCACAGCCACCUGGAGCUUACGGGUUCCCCGAGCAAGCUACGCCGACAUCGCCAAGCUUCACGCAGGAGAGAUCAUACUAUGACCCGCACGACUCUGAUCAGACGCGCUCGUUCAAGCCAGAGACAUAUCAGCCUUCCCAGGAGCAGGGCAGUGAAGAGAGGAGCUCGUCGCGGUUGCAACGGAGUGUCAUUCCUGAAGUUGACGAAUCAAGACCUUCUGCUGAGCUCCCUGAAGCGAUGCCGAAGGUGCAGGAGUUGCGGGAAGAUGAUGGACCGCAGGAUUCUGGUAUUGGUUCUUCGCCUGCCUUGACCCAGCAGUACGACCACAUGAUCCGGGAACUCGAGCAGGUCAAGCAGCGCAAUGCGUGGUAUGCUUCAGAACUUGCGAUGGCGAAGAAGGCCGGCUACAACACGCGAUCGACGGAGUCGCCGGUCAUGGACGAACGUGCUGCGGAUGUCUUCGGCGACGACGACAAGCCUCUCAUUGAAGCGCUGCUGAAGAUGAAGGCGGAGUUGCUGAGAGUGCAGGAGACUAUUGAAGAGCAGAGCAAGUCCGCUGCGGAGAAGAUUGCUGAGAUCGAGAAACAGCGCGAUUCUGCUGUUAGCGAGGCGGUGUAUGCGAAGACGAGAUUGGCUGGUCACGGUGGCUCGCAAGCUGAUAACGAAGACAAGCGGAGUCCGGAUCAGGAGCGCAAUGAUAUGGGUCGGAGGCUGGCUUCUUCACUGAAUGAGAAGAGCGAGCUGUCAAGACGCAUUGAUGGUUUGAUGCAAGAAGUCGAGGCCGAAAGGAAAGCAAGGCAGCUUGCGGACGAGACGGCGGAUGCAGCCCAAAAGCGAGUCGCUGAAUUGGACGGGCAUCGCCAGGAGUACAGCUCAGAGCUGGAGAGUUUGCGGUCGGAACUGCAUGAGGCGCAACGAGAAGCAAGGGAGGCGACUGCGAAUCAUGCGGAGAUCAAGUCGCAGCAUGACAUACUUGCGCUCGACAAGCGGGAAGUGGACGGCAAGCUCGAAGGCGCUGUGGCGCAGACGCAGAACCAUACUUCGAUUCUGACAUCGCUACGCUCCGCGGUCACGGCAUCUCAGGAGAAAGCGGAUAUGUUGGAGCAGAAGCUUGAAGAGGAGCAUGCGCGGCGAGACGAGAUUGAGCAGAAGCUUCGGCAACUCAAGAUCGAGCAUGAGGAGCGCACGAAUGAGUUGGAGGAUACUUCACGCCGGCUGCGCGAUGCAGAAGAGAUGGCGGAGAAGCAUGCGGAAGAAGCGCGGACGCAUCGGGAGACCGUCGUUGCAGGGCUGGGCAAGAUCAGCGAUCGCGAUAUUGGCGCAGACUCAGUGUCUGACGAGCGUGUCGUCCUGCUACAAUCGCAAGUCGAGCACGCAAACUCUAUGGUUCGGCAGAAUCAAGCCGCGGCAGACUCAGCAGCCGACAAGCUCAGGCGCGCUGAGGAGCGUAUCGCAGGGCUCGAGGCGUUCCAGGAGCAAGCCAGCCGCGAGGGACUGUCGAUCCGGAAGCAGCUGCAGGGUCUCACCAAAGACAACCAGAGCCUCAAUUCCCAGAAGGCCGAGCUGGAGCAGAAGGUGCAGAGUCAGAUGCUUGAGACGAAUGCGCUUUCGGUGCAGCAUGCUUCGCUCCGCGAUAUUCUGGGCGAACGCGGUAUCAACGCCGCCGAAGUCCGGAGAUCCCGCGCUUUGGACUCGCCAUCCAGUCUCAGUCGUUUCUCGACGCCCGACCUCCAGCGCGUGCGUGAGUUGGAGCAGCAGCUUGAGAACAGCCUGAAGAGCCAUGACGAGAUGAAGCAGCAAUUCGAGGAAGUCUCUGAGCGGGACGAGAAGAUGAAGCGCGAGUACGAGGACAAGCUGACUGCCCUGGACAACGAUCACCAAGCCGCGGUUAAGUACUUGCGAGGCACGGAGAAGAUGCUGUCCAAGAUGAAGCAAGAACUCCAACGCGUGAAGGACGAGAACCGCGAGAUGAAGAAGCGGAUAGAGAAAGUCAAGGAGGACGAAGGCAGCAGCAAGCGCGCCUCCCCAACCGGCGACUGGGAAGCCGAGCGCGAGGCCCUGAAGAAGGAAGUCAGCGACGUGCAAACCAACCUGCACACCUCCGUCUCCGAACUCGAGGCUCGCCUCGGCGCCCUGCAGCAGCAGCUCGAAGCCGCAGAAGGCGAAUUGCACCACACGCGCAUGGCCCACGCGACCUCGCAAGCCGACCUCUCGACCCUGCAGGCUACGCACACGCAGUCGCGAACCGACAUCGAGCGCCUGCAAAAGGACAACGGCGUCCUGGAAGAACGCGCACGCGACGCGGAGAAUAAAGUCCAACUCCUGCUCAACCAAGUCGAAUCGAGCGUAGACAACUACCGCCGCCAAUCCCGACUCGGUGACGGCGUGGCGAUGAUGAACGGCACAUUCCACCCGCGCCCCCUGUCCGGGUUAAGUGAAGCGGGCACGGAGAAGACUGCUUCUGCCGGCGAUGCCGCCCGGGGCCAUGCGAGGGCGCAGAGCGAUGGUGGACAGAGUGUGGUCAGUGAAGUCGAGGGCGCGAACGGACGGGAUAGCUUCGCAUUGGAUUCGCUGGCGAGUGAGCUCGAGACUCUACGGAGUCAUUGGGAGACGGCGAAGAAUUCCUCCUCCCGCAUGUCUGACCGCUUCGACUUCGAGGGCGCCGGCGAGUCGGGUUCUACUAACCACGGCGCUGGAGGCAGUGGCUAUGGAGGAUCGGGUGGUGGGUUUGCGGGGGACAUGGAUAUGGCGUCCUGGCGCCGCGGGCUGGAUCUUAGCGAUGAUGAGGGCGAGGGCGAUACACCGAGUCGUCCGGGCACGAGCGAGGGGGAGCGGAGUCUGGAUACUGUCCGCGGCGACGGGGACGAGGGGAUGGCUGUGUCGACACCUACGCAGGCGAGUACUACCGGUACAGGGGGGAGGAUGCUAUGA